CAGGUAACUGGAGGGACUCGAUUCAUGAACUUGAAUUCACCGUCAGUUCACGGACGUUCGUCUGGCAAUGUUCUACGUCAUGCGAUUACCGCUACACGCUUUACUGUUCUUCAUUUUUGCGCUGGAACAGCGUUUGGCGGAAGAAAUUUGGCUGCAGGAUUUGUCCAUGGAUAUGGAAAUAGGAGCGUCCACUGAAGGAUAUGAUCAAGUUUCAUUACAUUGCGGGGCAGAGAAGAUGACAGUGAAUUUGAAAACUUCAGAAAAUUUCACAGGAGUAAUCUACACUCAAGGUAGUUUCUAUUCAAGACAGGCUCCUUGUUUCUUGGAUCCUGCUCACGGUGGGAAUUUCACUCUGAACAUUCCCUUUGAUCAAUGCGACACUGAAAAUUCUGAUGAUAAGUACAAAAACACCCUAGUCAUCCAGCACGAUGAUGAGUUAAUUACACCAGGUGACGCAGCUUUUGUCUUGGAAUGUGAUUUCUCCAAGUCUACAUAUGUAACAGUAUCAGCAGAACUGAACGAACCAGAUAAGAGUGGCAGACUAGUGAGAUCCAGUAUAUCCUUGGUGGAUGCCGACCCGGCCAGGGACAAGACAAAGAGAACAGCCUGUGUGAAGAGUGACACUAACGAAGUUGUUUUCGUUCCUAAUUCAAUCCUGAAGUUAAACGAUGAGCUGUAAAUCAUUGCCCAAUAUAAUGUUAUAUGGGAAUUACAAUAAGGAACUAUAUACACACUCCUUAACCUUUUCACUGCCACUGUGGUCCCAUGGGACUUCUUCGUUUGGGCCAUGGUGAUCACUGGUGACCAUUAAGAAAAAUAUGCUAUUGGCAAGAUUGUAGUUCUUUGCCAUUAUAAAAUUUUUAAUAUGAAAUUUCUGGCCCACAAAAAUUCACCUGGCAGGGAAAGGGUUAAUUUCCAAGAAGCAGUUCAUUGGAUUUUAGCUAAUUUUCUAUCUGUUGCAUUCGUGAUAAAACAAGGUCAAUGAAAUGCCAUCCGAGGCUCAUUAUCAGUAAUGGAAUUCCACCAUCAUCUGUUGUUGACUCAAACUGCACUGGCGACGAUUCGUUUGAAUGAUACGCGAUACGAUGCCCUGAUAACCUUCUAUUGUAAGAACACAUUAGAAACGGUACUCUGUACAAUAUCGACCCCUUUGCAUAAUACUUUAUGAGACUGCAUUGCUUAUCCUUUUUGUACAUUAAUUUAAUAAUAAAUUUCUUAACAAAUGGAA